GAAGAAGUGGUUCAAGAAGAAGAAGACCCUAAUAACACUACAUCACAAACCAUAAAAGACAAGGAAAGUGGAGGUGCUCCUGCGGAACCUGGGACACCGUCCAAAGAACAAAUUAAGGUAACUUCACCGGAACAAGUUGAUGCAGAAGAUCUUCAUGUACCUAAAGGUGACUCAAGUAAACCUGGUGGAAGUGAAGUACCUUCUCCAUCUGGUGAGGCACCUAGUGGUCCGACUGCAAUUGACGGUCAAGGUGAAAACAGCGACAAGGCGACAGGUGGAAUCCCACCAAACGUGGAGAGUGGAGGAGAACAGCCUUCUUCUACCAGAACAGAUACGGAGAGUGCUACUGGUGCUGUCACUUCAACCGCGAAUGGCGCCACAACUGCAGCGAGUGAGUCAGCGAAGGAACCUGACAGUACAGCCAGUGAUGAGGAAUCACCUACCACAGAUACCACCAUCACAACAACACUUCCUCCUGAACUCACAAACAACAAGAAGGGUGAUGCAGACAGCAGCAGCAGUAUCAGCAGUUCUGUGUGGAUGCGUGUACCACUACUGAUUGUGGUUACACUGACCUGUAUUCUUGUAUGCUGA